AUGCGCCGGCGUCGCCGAGACGAGGCUCUGCCUGGUACGCCGUUGGACAGCUGCUGCCGGGAUGGGUCCCCGCAUCGCCUUCGCUGAGACGCGCCCACCUACGCCGACGGAGACCGCGGACCUCGGCAUAUGCGGUCGUUCUCCACUACAAACAAAAAGUCGUGGCCCCAUAGUGGGAUUCGGUCGCGCCAAACAGGCACACAGGCAGCCCGAUUCGGGGGGCACUGCCUGUCCCCAUUACGGCGGAGGACCUAGAAAAGGUGGCCUAAACAUUGCUGGGCACCACGCCGUCUCCAGGCUAGCCAGAGCCGCAGACGUCUAAUCAUGGUCGAAACACUCAAAAUAGAAACAACAACAAUACCAUUAACAACAACAACCAUACUCUUUCUCCUCAUCCUACCUCUUCCUCUGCCUAUUCUUCUGUCUAUUCUUCUGUCUAUUCUUCUCCUUCGUCAUCUUCUUCUCCACAUUAUUCCCGUCGCCCCACUCGCUGUCACCAGACCGGCAGGGUGAGCCCGCUCACUCUGGCAGCCUGGAAUGUUCGUUCCCUUUUAGACAAUCCGAGGAGCAACCGACCGGAACGGAGGACGGCGCUAGUGGCACGAGAACUGGCGCGCUACAAGGUGGACAUCGCCGCACUCAGCGAGACCCGAUUCUCCGAACAAGGCCAACUGGAGGAGGUGGGUGCCGGCUACACCUUCUUCUGGAGUGGUCGACCCAGGGCAGAGCGACGAGACGCGGGUGUCGCCUUCGCCAUCCGGACCGACAUCGUGGGACGACUGCCUUGUUUGCCGCAGGGAAUCAACGACCGCCUUAUGAGUCUCCGCCUGCCUCUCCGGCGAGGAGGCAAGUUCGCCACCAUCAUCAGCGCCUACGCUCCGCCGAUGACCAGCCCCAACGCCGUCAGAGACAUAUUCUAUGAGGACCUGCACGCCAUCUUGGCGACUGUUUCGAAGGCGGACAGGUUGAUUGUCCUUGGCGACUUCAACGCCCGCGUCGGCACAGACCAUACUGCCUGGAGAGGAGUGCUGGGUCCCCACGGUCUCCGCGGCUCCAACGACAACGGCCUGCUGCUUCUCCGCACCUGCGCAGAACACCGCCUCACCCUGACGAACACGUUCUUCUGUCUGCCGGAGCGAGAGAAGGCCACCUGGAGGCAUCCUCGGUCGCGCCAGUGGCAUCUGCUGGACUAUGUCCUCGUCCGGAGGCGAGAUCAGCGGGACGUGCUGGUGACGAAGGCGAUCGCGGGUGCUGACGGGUGGACCGACCAUCGCCUCGUCAUCUCGAAGAUGCGUAUUCGCCUACAGCCUCGCAGGAGACCACAAGGUAAGCGACCCCCAGGUAAGCUGAAUGUUGCUUUGUUGUCUUUGCCUGCUCACCGUCUCCAUUUCAGCAACGAGCUAGCUCAACGGCUAGACAACCUUCCUAUCGCUGCCGCCGCCGACGACGCCGCCGCCGCCGCCGCCGCUGCCGAGAACACCUCCGUGGAAAACCGCUGGUGUCAACUGCGAGACACGGUCCAGUCGACGGCGCUCGCCGUCCUCGGUCGCGCACGUCGCCAACACCAGGACUGGUUCGACGACAACGACGCUGUCAUCAGCAAUCUGCUCGCUGAGAAGAACCGCCUACACAAAGCCUACGCAGACCACCCCACUGAUGCCACCAAAGCUGCCUUCUACCGCAGUCGCCGCCAACUCCAGCAACGACUGCGUGAGAUGCAGGACGCCUGGACUGCUCGCAAGGCCGAGGAGAUCCAAGGGUACGCGGACCGAAACGAAUGGAUGAACUUCUUCUCUGCGAUCAAAGCUGUCUAUGGUCCGCCGACGAAGGGCACUGCUCCUCUCCUCAGCGCCGACGGCAGCACUCUCCUGACUGAGAAGACGCAAAUCCUGCAGCGAUGGGCCGAGCACUUCCGAGGCGUCCUCAACCGCCCUUCCGCCAUCUCCGACGCCGCCAUCGCCCGCUUGCCGCAAGUGGAGACCAACGCGGACCUCGACCUCCCGCCAUCUCUCCAGAAAACGAUCAGGGCCGUGCAGCAGCUCUCCAGCGGGAAAGCACCCGGAUCGGACUCAAUCCCUGCUGAGGUCUACAAGCACGGAGGUCCCCAACUGAUGGUUCACCUGACUGCGCUCUUCCAGGAGAUGUGGCGUCAAGGUGAAGUCCCGCAAGAUUUGAAGGACGCAACUACCGUGCACCUAUACAAGCGAAAAGGGAAUCGCCAAGUCUGCGACAACCACCGCGGCAUCUCCCUACUGAACAUCGCCGGGAAGAUCUCCGCUCGCAUCCUGCUCAACCGCCUCAAUAACCAUCUGGAACAGGGCCUUCUGCCGGAAAGCCAAUGCGGCUUCCGUCGUCAUCGUGGGACCACGGAUAUGAUCUUCGCCGCCCGUCAACUUCAGGAGAAGUGCCAGGAGAUGCGGACCCACCUGUACUCUACCUUCGUGGACCUGACGAAAGCCUUCGACACGGUGAAUCGUGGGGGACUGUGGAAGAUCAUGCAGAAAUUCGGCUGUCCGGAGCGAUUCACUCAGAUGGUGCGUCAGCUGCACGACGGUAUGAUGGCGCGAGUCACGGACAACGGAGCUGUCUCAGAGGCAUUCGCAGUGACCAACGGAGUGACGCAGGGCUGUGUGCUGGCGCCUACCCUCUUCAGUCUUAUGUUCUCUGCCAUGCUGAUGGACGCCUACCGCGACGAACGCCCUGGAAUCCGCAUCGCCUAUAGAACCGAUGGUCAUCUCCUAAAUCAACGGCGCAUGAACUUCCAAUCGCGUGUAUCCACAGCCACCGUGCACGAACUCCUCUUCGCCGACGACUGCGCCCUGAACACCACCUCCGAAGCGGAGAUGCAACGGAGCAUGGACCUAUUCUCCGGCGCCUGCGAGAACUUCGGUCUGGUUAUCAACACGCAGAAGACGGUGGUGAUGCAUCAGCCGCCUCCCAACUCAGCCACAGCCCCCAACGCGCCGCCGCAAAUCAACGUGAAUGGGACUCAACUGCAAGUGGUGGAGAACUUCCCGUACCUGGGCAGUACCCUCUCCCGGAACACCAAGAUCGAUGACGAAGUCGCCAACAGAAUCUCGAAAGCCAGUCAAGCCUUCGGACGCCUCCGAAGCACAGUCUGGAAUCGCCAUGGUCUCUAA